UCGUCUCCUAGUUCAAGUUAUGUUAUUCGUGUGAAAUUUUCAAGUUCGGAAUGGAAAUCAUUUUCUUUUGUUUACUCCCAUAUAGUCAUUUGGUUUCUGAUUUGUUUGAAUUUCGGUGCGUCACUUGAUCUAACGCUUCUCCUAAUAUUCGGGCUUCAAGAAGCUAACUACCCAACAAACACAAACCAACCAAAACAAAUCAAGUUCUCUCCUUUAUUUUCUCUUCUUCACAAAAAUGGUAAGAAAGGAAGCCAUUAAAAUAGUCGAACUCCAAACCCUUUUACUGUUUUGCAAAGUUCGUUCUGUAAAAUUGGUCUGAACCGUGCUCUAAUGACAUUCCUCGACUUCUGUUCUGCUUAGUUCUAGUCUACGCCAAGAGUUUCAAAGAUUUAUGGCUGUUUCCAAGUCUUUCUCGGGCAAGCAACAAGACAACAAUGAACAAGAAUAUCAGAAGAAAUCGGAGCCGUUGAUUCCAGGGCUACCCGACGAGAUCGCAGAGCUUUGCCUUCUUCAUCUUCCAUAUCCAUACCAAUCGUUGGCACGUUCAGUGUGUUCCUCCUGGAACAGGAUCAUAACAGACCCUGCCUUCCUUCUCUGUAAGAGAUCAUUAUCGCUGUCUCUGCCUUAUCUGUUCAUUUUCGCUUUCCAUAAAUCGACGGCCAGGAUACAAUGGCAAGCGCUGGACCCACGAUCAGGCCGUUGGUUUAUAUUACCUUCCAUGCCUUGUUCCAAGGCUGUGUGCCCACCUGGGUUUGCUUGUACUUCGAUUCCACGUCAAGGUCAGCUCUACGUUUUAGGCGGUAUGUGCUCAGACACACAAACUUCCAUCAAUACAACGAUGGUAUACACUACAUCCACAAAUCAAUGGUCCAUAGCGUCUCCCAUGGUGACCACGCGAUCGUUCUUCGCUGCUGGGAAUGUUAAUGGUAAGAUAAUUGCCGUCGGUGGAAGUGGGGCCGAGUAUAAUGAUUCUAACACCUCCGUGGAAUGCUAUGAUCCACAGACGGACACGUGGGAACAAGUUUCUAAAAUGCGCGUGGGAUUGGCCAGGUACGAUUCAGCUGAGGUUGGGGGAAAGAUGUACGUGACAGAAGGGUGGACGUGGCCUUUCUUGUUUUCACCAAGAGGAGGGGUGUACGACCCGGAGAGUGACACGUGGCAUGAAAUGAAGGACGGGAUGAAAGAAGGUUGGACUGGGGUGAGCGUGGUUGUGGGUGACAGGCUAUUUGUCAUUUCGGAAUACGGUGACUGCCCGAUGAAGGUAUACGUUCCUGAUCGUGACACGUGGCAGUACGUAGGUGGUGAUAAAUUCCCACGUGAGACAAUACAGAGGCCGUUUGCUCUGAGUGCAGUGGAAGGGAAAAUCUACGUGGUGUCGAGUGGGCUAAACGUGGCAAUAGGGAGCGCAUUUGAGGGACUAAACGGGGAGUUCAUAGCGAACUGGGAAGUCAUGCCUGCCCCAAAGGCUUUCCGCGACCUUUCUCCUUCGAGUUGCCAAGCUCUUUAUGCCUAAAAACUUCCCUUGUUACGGGUAAAUUACUCG